GAUACAUUUGCGGAGGAACCGAUCCGCAGUAAUCGUCGACGUAACGGACGCAGCCAGAACCUCUCGUCGAGCGGAAGAGAGAGAGAGGCCCACUACCACCACGACACGGUAGAUCUCUUUUGUCACUGUCGUACAUUGCACCUCGACGUAACCAAUCCCAUGGGCCCUCCUUUUGAUCUUUGCCUCUACUCUUUUCACUUUUUUCCAGCUCUCUUAUCUUUUCUGCAUUCUGCAUUUGCCUCUUCACCUUCACACUUCUUCCCCUUCUCAACCUUCCAAACUCUCUCUCUCUCUCUCCUCCUCCCCUUGCGUCGCUUCAUCAGCCCUACUGAUAUCUCGAUCUACACGUCCCGCUGACGUAACCACGAUGCGUGUCAUCAUUCGUGAAGACCCUCAGGCGGUCUCGGUGUACAUCGCCGAGUACAUUGUCAGUCGCAUCAAAGCUUUCAAGCCAACCGAGACUCAGCCCUUUGUCCUGGGCCUGCCUACCGGGAGCAGCCCGGAGAUCAUCUACAAGAUCCUCGUCCAGCGCCACCGCGCCGGCGAGAUCUCGUUCAAGAAUGUCGUGACCUUCAACAUGGAUGAGUACGUCGGUCUGCCCCGCGACCACCCCGAAUCCUACCACAGCUUCAUGUACAAGCACUUCUUCUCUCAUGUCGACAUCCCACCCCAAAACAUCAACAUCCUGGACGGCGAAGCACCCGACCUCGCCGCCGAAUGCGCCGCCUUCGACGCUCGCAUUGCCCGCUACGGCGGAAUCGAGCUCUUCCUCGGCGGCGUCGGACCAGAUGGACACAUUGCAUUCAACGAGCCCGGUUCAUCACUAGCCAGCCGCACCCGCGUCAAGACGCUUGCCUACGAUACCAUCAUUGCCAACUCACGCUUCUUCGACAACGACGUGAACAAAGUGCCGCGCAUGGCCAUGACUGUCGGUAUCCAGACGAUCAUGGACGCGCGCGAAGUUGUCAUCGUCGCGACGGGCGCACACAAGGCCUUUGCUGUGCAAAAGGGUCUCGAAGACGGCGUGAAUCACAUGUGGACUCUAUCCGCGCUGCAAUUGCACCCGCAUCCGCUAAUUGUCUGCGAUCGCGACGCGACGCUGGAAUUGAAGGUUAAGACCGUGCGGUACUUUGAGUCUAUUGAGCAAGCCGGAACCGAUGCGCGUACUCAGGGUCCCCCACUGGUGUACCGACCUCGUACGUACGUGCCUGCGCCAUUGCCUGUGAAGAAAACCUCUUCGCAUUUGGCUACGCCGGACCGUACGCCUGUCAAGGUGCCCAAGGAUUUGCGCAUCAAUACCGAGUUGCACCGGGCUAUGGAUGAGGAUGAGUUGACACCUGACAGCAUGUCUUCGCGGAUGGUGGACUCGGCCAUUGGUGGGUUGGACGGUGCGUUGAAGAACGAUUUGAUUUUUGAUCGCAUGGGCGCUCGCAUGACGACUCUGUAAAGAUAAGCAUGGCAGAUUGCGUCUUUCCGGAAUCGUGAAUUGCGUGGUGCGAUCUCGUUUUCUUUAUUUUUUCAUAGUUGCUUCGGAGAACUGGGAUCUGGGGGUUUUUAUUUUCUAUCUGCUAUUUUAACUAGGGUUUCGUCAUG